GAUUGAGGAGAAAUCGCCUGAAAAUUAGAGAAUAUUAGGGUUGUUCAAGAAUCCAACUCCUUUGUUCGAUUCUGUUGAUUGGUGGCUAUAUAGCAAAUCAAAUUGUUUUUCCGGAAUCUCGUCACGGAUAAAGACAAGAAUUCAGCUUAACGGAUUUCUAUUGUAUCAUCCGGGAAUUCAAUUAUUUUUCUUGCUGAACCUCUGCAAUUGAGGUUUUGAUAUGGAUUUAGAAACGGAAAACAGAAUAGCUGCCAUUCUUUUGAAGGAGGCAGCAGAAUUGCGUCGCCAAGCGCAGAGUGAAGGUGCACUUGCUUAUCUUCGCGAACCCACAGUUAGAAGUAGGCCAAAUUCUCGAUUCCUGACAGCAACAGUUCGUGGAGUACAACAAGGUCUUUCUGUCUCAAUAUUCCCUGUUGAUACUUGGUACGCAGCUAACCGUGUGGUUGAAGUAAAUGAGAUGUGGCGACUAAGGCAGAAACAGCUAGAACUUGAAAGCAGGCUUAGAGCAAGAAAUGGGAGCAGCGAUGGGAGAGGUUACAAGGAUGUUUGUGAAUCUCACAGGAGUAGAAGCAGAGGCGGCAAUGAAAUGGAAAAAAGUGAAGGUGCUUCUCUAUCAUCAAAGAAACGAUUGAUUCAGGAUCUGAAGCCAAUGGAGGAUGAAGGUUUAAGGGAUGAUGAGGUCGACGAAUUUUUACAUUCAAGGUCCAAGCGAGGAAGAGGUGCCGUUGGAUCACGAAUGGAUGAAACUGGUCCAUACCUUCCUUCUUGUCCAGAUACUAGUAGAGAUAUUGCAGAAAGCCCUGAUGAGGAGCCGAAGAAAGCUCGGGUUUUACUUGGCCCAAAGAAACCUUAUUCAUUGAAGUCUAGUGAAUCGUCAGAUGAUGAAUCGGAUAAAGAAAAGAAAAGGAAAUCAAAGGCAUGCUCAAGCAAGAGGCAUUCCAGGAAACACAAAUCAAAAGAAAAGUCAAGAGAUAAGAAAAAAAAGAGGAAGGAGAAAAGAAGUAAAUAUGACAAAUGACUUUCCGAUGGCUUUGGCCAGCUUAUCUUCAUGCGUGUUGUUGCCUAGUCGGUCAGCCCAGCUUAUUUUCAUGUGUUCAUUUGGUUGGCAAUUCUUGUUUGUACACUAGAACAAAAUUAUAGGAGCUUCUUUCUGCUCUGUUCACUAUUGAAAUGGAAUGAAAGUGUUACCUUGAUCUUAUUUCAUAACUUUGUCUAGAUGGCCAAAAGAUGUAUU